GACGGAUAUGUUGGUCACCAAAUGAUAUUUAUUCUCAAGUGAUGGGUAAAGAGCGUCAUGGUCGUGUUCGAGGUUUAGGAUUUGGGCCCACUCCUUCCAAGCAUGGCUUCAUGUGUAAUAGUGACUUAAGAAUGGUUUCAGAUGAGGAGAGAACGAGAGACAAAGAGGCCAUAAUUGAGUUGAAGGAACAAGUAAAAACUCAAGGUGAUCAGCUGCAAACUCAAGGUAUUCAGUUGCAAGCUCAAGAUGCUGUAAUAAACUCUUUAAAAGAGCAAGUAGCAUUUUUGAUGAGACAGAGACAGUGUUCUAGUGGUUUGCAGGCGACAGAUGGCUCUAGUGGCAUUCCGGACCAGGCUUCUCCACAAACACAUUAGAGAUCCUCUUUUGGGAAUC